AUGUCGACCGCCACUGCAGCACCGCCAGCUACAGCAGGGACAAGUGAUGCUUCAAGAGGCGCCAACAGGCGGAGACGCCCGCGGAGAAACCCCAACACACCAGCAGAGCAGCAAGCGGAGGGACAGGGACAGGGACAGGUUCACGCUUUGGUCCCGUCGCAAGUCAUGUCGCAAAGAGGUGGGCGCAGUGGAAGGGGCCGUGGGGGCGCCAGAGGAGGGCAUACAGAACCUGGGACCCCCACAGCACCACAGACGGAGGCCGCAAACCACGAUGGUGCGCCUUCUACCAACCGCGGAGGCAGAGGCGGACGGGCGCGGGGCAGAGGACCCAGGUUUGGCCCACGACUGGCCGCUGGCGGGCGGCAAUUUGGUGGACAGUUGACUGCCGAGGACAACGGUGCUUCAGAAGCAGAUUCGCAGACAAGCUCGGGGCUACAGGCAGAUGCUCCUGCAUUCCAACCUGGCCAACCAAUUGCUCCCCGCAAGCAGCGAGCGCCACGCGAAAAGAAGCCGCAACUACCGAAGUCGAAUGCGCCAGAUAUCGCGACGCGAACACACGAGGACAUAGACAAUGGUCACUACGAAUGUGCUAUUUGCACGGAGGAUGUUAAGAGGCACUCGCGAGGUGUCUGGUCAUGUCGAACAUGCUGGACCGUAUUCCAUCUGGGCUGUAUCAAGAAGUGGUCCACAAACGAAGGCUCAGCAGCAGCUCGUCAGCAGGCUCAAGAUGGUGAAAUGCCACCCCCUAGGCAGUGGCGUUGUCCUGGAUGCAACUUGCCCAAGGAUACCCUACCCAAGAACUUCCACUGUUGGUGCGAGAAGGAGCUCGAUCCCAAGGCCUUGCCAGGAUUACCACCAUUCUCGUGUGGUCAGACAGCUGAGGAGAAGCAGAGCAGACAAUACCACACCGCAGCCGAUGGUAUUGCUGCCAUGGAGGAGUGGAUUGGCACGUUCGAAUGUCCAAAUCCUGCGGACAUCCAUGCGAGCAGCUGUGCCAUCAAGGAGAUUGCUCAGCCUGCUUCCAGAGAGUGUCCAUUGCCUGUAGGUGUGGACGUACGACAUCGACGUCGAUCUGCCAUCAAGGAUCCGAAGAGUCUCCACAGUGUAUGCGCAUCUGCCGAGUGUCUCUGA